GAUGCGCGUCAUUUCUCCCACAUUUUACUUUCGUUUCUAGGGUAGCUCAGGUUGCCUGGCGUUUCUUACGAAGAAUAAACAUUAUAUUCCACCAGAGACCGUCUAAAGGCGAAGAAUCAUGAAGUUUUUCAUUUCUCUCGUCGUUUGUGUCAUCUUGUGCCAUCUUGUAACGGCUGGAGAAGAAAGGAAAGUUCUUGCACCGAAUGUCCAGGUCUACAGCCGGAACCCAGGGAAGUACGGGGAAAAAAACGUCUUAAUCUGCCACGCCAGCGACUUCCACCCACCUGAGAUCAAAAUUGAGCUGCUAAAGAAUGACAAUGAAAUUCCUGAUGCUAAGCAGACUGACCUGGCCUUUGAGGAUAACUGGCACUACCACCUCACCAAGCAUGUGCCUUUCACACCGAUGUCAGGAGAGACGUACGUCUGCAGAGUCACCCACGUGGGAAUCCCAAGAGAUUACGUCUGGGAGUCUGAUAUGUAAGAUUUUCAGACAGCUCCAGGAAUCUGGCAUUUAAAGGAUGAAGAAUGAACUUCUUUUACCAUCUAAGGAUAUGCAUUGUGAAUUUUGGCUUUCAC